AUGCCGCCCCCUCCGGCGCACCCCACCGCCCCCCCCCCCGCGCGCCGCUGCACGUCGUCCUCCCCUCCGGCGCUGGCCUCCCCUCUCCCACGUCGCCCGAGCUCCUCCACGCCGCUGCGCCUCCGUCCACGCCUCUGCCCUCCGUCCCCGACGCCGGCCUCCGUCGUCCUGGCCGCCACGCGCCCUCCGUCCUCGCCGCCGCCGCGCCCCUCCGUCGACGGCAUCAUUGUCCUCCGCGUGCCCACCGCGUCGUCCUCCGCGUCCUCGUCCUCGGCACCCGCCGCGUCCAGCCUCCCCGCCCGCACCGCGCCCGCCGCAUCCUUGCAUCGCCGCCGCACCCGCGCCGCCGCAUCGCCGACGUGA